AUUCGUGGUGACAAAGAUAAUCAUUUUGAUUCUGUGUUGUUCGUCUUGCACAUCGCGGUCUACUAGUAAUGUGUAAGAGAUGUAUCUUACAGCUUUACCGUUGAUCAUUUUCAACUUGUUGCACAAUGGAGCCGAAUGUGCUGAUGGUUACAGUUACCCGAUUCCACCAAUACCAUUUUCGGGCCAACCAGAACCGCCUUUACCGCCUUUUCACAUAACAGCGGUGCCUCCUACAAGAAGUACUGGAUAUCUAUAUACAAAACCGACAGAUGUAUUUCCUUAUCCAACUAGCACCACUCAAAGAAGUACUACCAGAACUUCAACACAAAAAACCGGAUACACAUAUCCUUCACCAAAAGUUACUUUCACUUAUCCUACGCCGAGGGAAACUAGACCAACACAGCGAACUACAACACGAGCCACAGCGAAAACCACUCCAUCUCUUAAACCCAGUACAAGGCCUUCAGGAUAUACAUAUCCAACCCCCAGGAUACCCUUUACGUAUCCCAAGAUUUCGACACCCAGACCGAAGCAACCAUCAACUCCUACUAUAAGUUCUUCUAGGCUUACACCGCCUCCGACAAGAACCGCGAAGCCCACAGGAUAUACAUAUAACACUCCAAGAAUUACGUUUCGAUAUAAAACGCCUGCACCUAUAACUACAAUAAUUCAAACAGAAACUACGACUCUCAGAACGACUGGCUAUCGGUAUACCACGCCAAAAGUUCCAUUUACCUUCCCGACUACACCUUCACUAAGGACAACAAGGCCUACAACUGCCCGAACAACAGCCACCUCCACCUCGAGACCAUCAACAACCCCUAAAACAACUACAGAGAAAGUUACAGGUUAUACAUACCCAAAACCAAAAACAACGUUUUCGUAUCCAACCACUACUAAUUCGCCAACCAGAACAACAACGAUUACAACUCCUCCAUAUACAUAUUCAACAACUGUGAGAUCAACUACUCCUAGAACUACUGGUUAUACAUACUCUACACCUAGAACUCCGUUUACCUUUCCUAAUACACCUUCACUAAGGACGUCGAGGCCAACGACUUCCAGAGCAACAACGACUUCCACGAUAAGACCACCAUCCACUACAAGGAAAGUUACAGGUUAUACAUAUCCAAAACCAAAAACAACGUUUUCGUAUCCAACCACUACUAAUUCGCCAACCAGAACAACAACGAUUACAACUCCUCCAUAUACAUAUUCAACAACUGUGAGGUCAACUACUCCUAGAACUACUGGUUAUACAUACUCUACACCUAGAACUCCGUUUACCUUUCCUAAUACACCUUCACUAAGGACGACAAGGUCUACGACUCCCAGAGCAACUACGACUUCCACGAUAAGUCCACCAACCACUACAAGGAAAGUUACAGGUUACACAUAUCCAAAACCAAAUAUAACAUUCUCUUAUCCGACUACUACUACUAGACAUCCAACACCAACUACAAGAACAACAUCUCCAUACACAUAUUCGACAACUCCAUCUCGAUCAACAAGCUUCAAGCUCACUACACCUAGAACUACUGGCUAUAGGUACUUGACACCGAGAAUUCCGUUUACUUUUCCCAGUACACCUUUAGUAAGAACAACAGCGACUUCUAGAGCACCGACUGUCCCGACCAGGCAAUUCACAACUUCGAAAACUACUACAACAAAAGUUUAUGGCUAUACAUAUCCAAAACCGAAAAUAACUUUUUCGUUUCCCACUACUACUAAAUCACCAGCAAGAACUACGAAAACAACAACCAUAAAAACGUCUCCAUAUACAUUUUCAACUCCAACAACUCGCUUCGACCUAACUACACCUAAAAAGAUAACUAAACGGACAACUCCUGCAAAUUCAACUCCUGCAAGUUCGUAUAUACCGCCUCGAAGCACUACGACGUCUAAGCCUCCAACUCCGAGAACGUUUCGAACGAUUACUCUUCCUUCAACACCAGGAAGUUCGUAUGUUCCUCCUGAGAUUAAAACUAGGACUCCAAGAACUACGCCAGCACCAACCACACCUGCAAGAACUAGAAGAACAUCAAUUCUCACUACUCCGUUCAGAUUUAUUACUCCGUCCUCAACACCAGCAAGUUCCUAUAUUCCACCUCGCAGUACCACAACAACAAUACGGCCGACGUCUACCCCAAAGUUACGAACCACCACUACAACACCUGUAACCACACCAAGGCCGGUUUCCUCAACAAUACAAAGCACUACUCGUUUUACUACAGUUGGAACUCCGUCGACUCCGGGAAGUUCUUAUAUUCCGCCGCGUAGUACCACAACAACUGCACGGCCAACGCCUACGCCAGAGUUACGAACAACAACAAGAACACCUGUAACCACGCCAAGACCGGKUUCCUCAACAAUACAAAGYACUACUCGUUUUACUACAGUUGKAACUCCGUCGACACCGGGAAGUUCUUAUAUUCCGCCGCGUAGUACCACAACAACUGCACGGCCAACGCCUACGCCAGAGUUACGAACAACAACAAGAACACCUGUAACCACGCCAAGACCGGUUUCCUCAACAAUACAAAGCACUACUCGUUUUACUACAGUUAGAACUACGUCGACUCCAGGGAGUUCUUAUAUUCCGCCACGUACUACCACAACAACUACACGGCCAACGCCUACGCCAGAGUUACGAACGACAACCAGAACACCUGUAACCACGCCAAGACCGGUGUCCUCAACAACACGAAGCACCACUCGUUUUACUACAGUUAGAACUCCGUCAACUCCGGGGAGUUCUUAUCUUCCGCCGCGUAGUACCACAACAACUACACGGCCAACACCUACGCCAGAGUUACGAACCACAACUCGAACAUCUGUAACCACACCAAGACCCGUUUCCUCAACCACAAAAAGCACCACUCGCUUUAGUACAAUUACAACUCCGUCAACUCCGGGGAGUUCUUAUAUUCCACCUUACAGUAUUAAAACUACAACACUGAUAACUCGACCACCUUUUAGAACGCCAUCAACCACUCCAUUUAGAAGGCCAAUCACCACUCCAACCCCCUCAACAAUUCGUACGACUCCAUUUAGUCCACUUACGACACCAUCAACGCCAGGGUUUUCUUACAUUCCACCGCAGACCACAUUUACAAAAAUCACUAAAACUUCCAUAUCCACGCCAGGUCCCAAAUAUUUGCCACCACAACUGAAUUUGAUAUUUUAAGACAACUGUAUAUAAUGCCUUUUUGUAUAAAUAUAUUUGAACUUAA